UCAGCGGGACGUGAAGAACAGCCAUGUCUGACCAUCGCGCGCUGACUUCUCGCUCCCUUCUGCGCUUGCUGCUUAUGUAGCCUGGUUGAGGACGUCGGUGCCAAGGGCUGGUGGUGCCCACCUGGUAGUAACUGGGAACCACUAAUUUUCCACUAGACUAGCGUUGAAAAAGCUUAAGUAAUUCCGUGUUGGUGAGUUGUCCAGAGUGAUGGCGCUGUGAAGUGCCGUGUCAGGUGGGGGUACGGAGGGUGCUGCUGGUGGGACGUGGGCAGUGACAGCUGCCACUGGUGCCACUCUCACUGACACUCAAUCCGGACACGGGCCUUGGCACUGGUGGUGGGGUGCCGUUGACGCCCCAGCAAUUCGGGGCGGAGACUGCGCGUUGCAGGAAAGCACUUCGUCAUACUUAGCGCAAUGUCCCGGCUCGUCAAGGACUGCAAGGAGUCAUCCCACUCGCGCUCCGCACCUGAGGGAGCCACGGCGUCGCCUGCGGCAGCGCCUCUUUCAGGCUCCAGUGGGGCUAACUCGCCUAUGUCUGGCAAUAAGAUUGUGAAGACGUGGCGAGUCAUGGGCGACCGAACCCGUUCUAAGACCAAGGACAUCCUGAAGAGGUGGCAGACGAUGAACAACGGGCAGACGUCAGAGGACUCGCUAGCAGGUCUUGACGACUACAGCGACAUCAGCGGCAGCACUGAGAGUGAGCGAGGCGGGCACAGGGGCAGCAAGAAGGGCACCUGGAGCGUCCAUGUGUGGAUGGACGCGCAGUCAUGGAUCCAACUGACUCCCCGGCGAAGAAUCUACUUCGGAAGCUACCGGAACCGGCCUGCCGCCGCCUCCUCCUCCUCCUCAAGUUCUACGGCCGCGGCGACGUGGGUACGACGACCCUUCGAGGACGAUGACGACCUUCAGCCUCACGAGGGCAAGAUUCAUCUAUCGGACUUCCAAGUGGAGAAGUUCACCUAUUACUUCACUGAUGUCUUCGACCACAACAAAGAUCGUGUCAUUACCAUUGAGGAUAUCCACGCCCUGAAUGAGAGAAUGCGUCACUAUGCCGGCUGGUCCGAAGACAACGAGUACUACUUGACCAUGAAGGAGAUACACGCCGACUUUUUCGAGUGCUUGCUCGAGCAUGUGGGCAAAAUCGAACCCGAGUAUGGCUUUGAAUUCGACGUGGACCGGAUCCCAGAUCGUGUACAGAUGUACCAGUGGUUGAACAUGUGGGGUAAUCUCACCCACGGGGCCAGGGCUAUGGUCGACUUCCCUAUCUGGCUGCAGAUUCUUCCCAAAAUCCUCUUUAAGGUCAUCAAUAGGAGAGACGAUGGUAUUAUAUCCUACGAUGAGCUGAGGUGUUUCUACGCUCUGUUCAUCAAGCUGCCAGAAGAUCAAGUGGAACACAUCACCGAGGAAGCUUACAGGGCCCUCACUUCGAGUGGUGAUUUUCCCCUGACGGAGAGGGUGUACUUGAUGGCAUUUGCCAACUUCCUCUUAGGCAAGACGCCACACGGCCCUGGGAAGUAUAUCUUCGGAGGUUUCAAGGACAGCGAAGUUGGACUCUUCCAGGUCGACUACUCAUGUCUUCUUGAACCAAAAGAGGAUUAAAUUCCUGGAGGUCCUUGAGGUUCUCUCUCGGAGCGACUGCUGAUUGGUCCUUUCUGUCUUGUUGUCUCGUGCUUAAGCUCAAAGAGGACUAGCUGCUUGAAGGCAGAAUUAAAGAAAAAAAAAGUAUUCCAGAUUGUGCUACAGGUUUUCUCCUGGAAUAUCUGAAAACUGAUCCCUAUUGCCCGUACGUCCUUAAAAGUUUAAUAAUUUUCUAUGCUACCUACAUAUAGAUAAGUGUGAGGUUCAGCCAAUCUUUAUUUGAACGAUCGAUGAAUCCAGGACUCGACAAGUGCUUCACUUCUCUCAUGGGAUCUAGUCGCCAAGGCACCAAGAUCUCAUCACUUCUCUUCAUGGAACACGGCCCUAUCGAAAUAUCAUCAUAGUCUUCAUCUCCAUCUUCAUCAUCAGUGUCUGCAAUCCGAAUGGAGCCGCAGACUUCAGUGUCAGCUUCUUUCAUCUGACAGGAGCUCUGCCUGAGCUCUUUCUCUCAACUUACGCUGACUGGAAGUAGAAAACGCUGCUCUCCUCUCAUAUUUUGCUUCUUAUGCGCAAUCUUCUAUCUGAGGAAAAAGCCGAAGAAUCAAGAUACUUUAAUCAACUUUCACUUCAUGGAGCAAGCAAUGCGAUGUCGAUCACAAGAAGCUGUUACUUCUGUGACGACGCAUGCGUAACAUGGUGUGGGGUGAAAUAUUUUGCGUCAAGUCAUUAUAUCAUGUAGUACCUGUAGCAUCUCUCAUGUAUUCUAAGGUUUCGUAAAUAAGGUGGUGAACUGUUUCUUUCUUGCUCUUUCGGAAAAAAAUAAUAUGCUUAGCUUGAAAGUGUUUUCAAUGCUUUGCAUAAAUCGGCGAAACAAAUUGAUAGAGCAACUACAUGUUUUCAAGAUAAACUCUUUUUAGAAACAACUGUUGAUUACAGAUGGAAAAACAUUUUUCCUUAUUUGACUCUUGAUGUGGUAUCUGCAUCUGCACGGAUUAUGCAAGUGAAUGGAGAGUUCAGUGUUAGUGAAU